AUUACAUACAACGCUGGAUGAAUAGGAUGCACGUGGGUACUGCCUCCGGUCAAGCGCGCACACUGAAGGUUAAGCAGGCUGUCAGAGCUCUUUGUUGAAAGGGACCCACGCUCUGUCCGGUGGGUUUUUAGUAAGGGUAAACCGAAAGGUCAUUUGCAGAAAUGGACCCCAUGAAAGCGCAGCAGCUCGCCGCGGAGCUGGAGGUUGAAAUGAUGGCUGACAUGUAUAACCGCAUGACCAACGCAUGCCACAGGAAAUGUGUUCCACCUCAUUACAAGGAGGCAGAACUUUCAAAGGGUGAAGCUGUGUGUCUGGACCGCUGUGUCGCCAAAUACUUGGACUUGCAUGAGAGACUUGGUCGGAAACUCACUGAGCUCUCGGUUCAGGAUGAGGAAGCGAUGAGGAAAGCCGCUGCGGGCACUGGAUAGACCCGAUAUUGACUCCAGGAGUGGGGCUGUGGGAGGAUUGGGCACUUUGGACAUCCAAUUGGGCAGCAUGGCCACGGAUAUAAACGAUAUAACAUGAAUAUGAACAAUAUUGUGACAAAUAUUGCUCCACUGUUAGACAUGCCACUAAAAGAUCAAGACUUUUGGAAGAUACUGGGAUAUAUUUUACCCUAUGAGUCGUUGAUAGUUUAUUGGCAUUAACAUCACAGGAAUAGAGCAUUGACUGGGUAGGGAGAUUUGUGAAGUAUUGUGAAAUUAUGUCCUUGUGAACUUGUUUUAUGUUGACACUUAUCAUAGUAAGUUCUGACAUUUUCUGAGUCAUUUUACAAAUGUACCCUUAGUCAAUAGAAUUAAAGUGUUUACCAUUCUA